UUGCCACACGACAACCGUUGAACCUGCAACAGCUAUGAUGACAACCGUUGAACUCGCAACAGGAAUGAAGACAACUGUUGAACCUGCAACAGGAAGGAUGACAACCAUUGAACCUGCAACAGGAAUGAUGACAACCAUUGAACCUGCAACAGGAAGGAUGACAACCGUUGAACCUGCAACAGGUAUGACGACACCCGUUGAACCUGCAACAGGAAUGACGACAACUGUUGAACCUGCAACAGCUCAGCCUUCUUGUCGCCUUAACUGUGGCAGUGACCUAGGAAGCUGUUCCUGUUCCAGCUCUUGCAACUACAAUGGCAACUGUUGCCGUGACUACCACUAUUACUGCUACACAACAGAUUAUCCUGUCACAGCUGAACAAUCAUGUCGAGACUACUGUGGCGGUUACCCUGGAGGCUGUUCCUGUUACAGCGACUGCGAGUACUAUGGCAGCUGUUGCCAUGACUACUAUACUUACUGCCAGACGGCCAAUAUCCCCACAACAGCUGAGCCCUCAUGUCGCUACAACUGUGGGACCUAUCAGGGAAGCUGUUCCUGCUACAGCUCCUGUGAAUACUAUGGCAACUGCUGUCAUGACUACUACUCUUACUGUGGAUCCAGUACACCUUCAGAAUCAUGUGGAGGCUCGCUGUUCAGCUCUGGCACCUUUUCCAGCCCUAAUUAUCCCUCCUACUACAACGACAAUAGCUACUGUGUCUGGCAGCUCAGAGCUUCUCACAACCAAAGAAUCUACCUGGUCUUCACAUUCCUGCAGCUGGAUACCUGCUGCUCUUGUGAUUACAUCUCAGUUUAUGAUGGACCGUCAGUCAGUUCGCCACGUUUAGCAAAAGUCUGCAACAACGGCUCGAGCGCCUUCUUCUCCACGUCGGAGUACAUGACCGUCGUCUUCCAGACUGACGGUUCUGUGGUUGCACGAGGAUUCACUGCAGAGUUCUUGAGCUCUUUGAAACCAAACUCAGGUCGAACGGAUUGCUCCUCAGACAGCAUGAACAUUAUCCUGGACCGUGCUUACCUAAGCUCGUUGGGUUACGACGGCCACAGUUUGUAUCUGAGGGAUCCUCACUGCCGGCCACAGAUUUCCUCCUACAACGUGGUCUUCAGUUUCCCGCUCAACACCUGCGGCAACUACAGGGAAGUUGUAAAUGACAGAAUUGUGUACACCAACAACAUCUACGCUUACUCCUCCACCUAUGGAGAGAUCACGCGGCAGUCUCAGUUCAAGAUGAACGUCACCUGCAUCAUGGAGAAGGACUCCAUUUCCCAGAUCAUGUAUAUUGCCGAUGGCGAGUUAAACACCACCGUCACUGGCUCGGGCAGAUACAACACCAGCAUGGAUUUCUACAGAUCCGGCAGUUUCUAUGAUAAGGUGACCACAUUUCCGUAUGUAGUCGUACUCAACGAAUACCUGUACGUCCAAGUGAACUUGAGAAGAGGUGACAGCACUCUGGUACUCUUCAUCGACACCUGUGUGACUUCUCCAUCACCUUUUGACUUCCAUUCCAGACCUUACUUCCUGGUUAAAGACGGAUGUUCUGUUGAUAGCACCUACUACUCUAUUAGCAGUGGUUCUAGACCUUACGCCCGUUUCAGAUUUAAGGCUUUCCAGUUCCUCCGAGCUACGGAUCAUGUGUACAUGCAAUGCAAAGUCAUAAUUUGUCCCGCCUCCGACUACAAUUCCCGCUGCCGCCGUGGCUGCAGGAGGCGGAGCAAAAGAAGCCUGGGGUCAAAGCACGACACCCAGACUCUGGUUGUGGGUCCCAUCACACUGAAAGAUCUUGAGAAAGACGAGGAAGGGGCUGAAAAUCAGAAUGAGGCGUAACUUCUCUGCAACCUACUUCAGUCAACUUUCCAGUCCACUAAAUAAUACUCACAUCUACAUUCUUCUUUCUACUUAAUUGAUUAAAGGCAACAACA